AUGGACGUGGACGUGGACGUGGACGUGGACGUGGACGUGGACGGGGACGUGGACGUGGACGUGGACGUGGACGUGGACAUGGACGGGGACGUGGACGUGGACGUGGACAUGGACGUGGACGUGGACAUGGACGUGGACAUGGACGUGGACGUCGACAUGGACGUGGACGUGGACGUAGACGUGGACGUGGACAUGGACGUGGACGUGGACGUGGACGUGGACGUGGACGUGGACGUGAACGUGGACGUGGACGUGGACAUGGACGUGGACGUGGACGUGGACGUGGACAUGGACCCGGACGUGAACGUGGACGUGGACGUGGACCUGGACGUUGACGUGGACGUGGACGUGGACAUGGACAUGGACGUGGACAUGGACAUGGACAUGGACGUGGACGUGGACAUGGACGUGGACGUGGACGUGGACGUGGACAUGGACGUGGACGUGGACGUGGACAUGGACGUGGACAUGGACAUGGACGUGGACAUGGACGUGGACAUGGAUGUGGACGUGGACAUGGACAUGGACGUGGACAUGUACGUGGACAUGGACGUGGACAUGGACGUGGACAUGGACGUGGACGAAGACGUGGACAUGGACGUGGACGUGGACGUGGACGUGGACGUGGACAUGGACGUGGACAUGGACGUGGACAUGGACAUGGACGUGGACAUGGACGUGGACGUGGACAUGGACGUGGACGUGGACAUGGAUGUGGACAUGGACGUGGACGUGGACAUGGACGUGGACGUGGACGUGAACAUGGACGUGGACGUGGACGUGGACGUGGACGUGGACGUGGACGUGGAGGACUCGGACGUGGACAUGGACGUGGACGUGGACGUGGAGGACUUGGACGUGGACAUGGACGUAGACGUGGACGUGGACAUCGACGUGGACGUGGACGUGGAUGUGGACGUGGACGUGGACGUGGACAUGGACGUGGACGUGGACGUGGACGUGGACGACUUGGACGUGGACAUGGACGUGGACGUGGACGUGGACGUGGACGAAGACAUGGUCGUGGACGUGGACGUGGACGUGGACGUGGACGUGGACCUGGACGUGGACGUGGACGUGGACGUGGACGUGGACGUGGACGUGGACAUGGACAUGGACGUGGACGUGGACGUGGACGUGGACGUGGAUGUGGACGUGGACGUGGACGUGGACGUGGACUUGGACGUAGACAUGGACGUGGACAUGGACGUGGACGUGGAUGUGGACAUGGACGUGUACAUGGAUGUGGACGUGGACGUGGACGUGGACGUGGAGGACUUGGACGUGGACAUGGACGUGGACGUGGACGUGGUCGAGGACGUGGACGUGGACGUGGACGUCGACAUGGACGUGGACGUGGACGUGGCAGUGGACGUGGACGUGGACCUGGACAUGGACGUGGACGUGGACGUGGACGUAAACAUGGACAUGAUCGUGGACGUGGACGUGGACGUGGACGUGGACAUGGACGUGGACAUGGACGUGGACGUGGAAGUGGACGUGGACGUGGACGUGGACGUGGAAGUGGACGUGGACCUGGACAUGGACGUGGACGUGGACGUGGACGUGGACCUAGACGUGGACAUGGACGUGGACGUGGACGUGGACAUGGACGUGGACGUGGACGUGGACGUGGACAUGGACGUGGACGUGGACAUGGACGUGGACAUGGACGUGGACGUCGACAUGGACGUGGACGUGGACGUGGACAUGGACGUGGACGUGGACGUAGACGUGGACAUGGACGUGAUCGUGGACGUGGACGUGGACGUGAUCGUGGACGUAGACGUGGACAUGGAUGUGGACGUGGACGUGGACGUGGACGUGGACGUGGACGUCGACAUGGACGUGGACGUGGACGUGGACGUGGACGUGGACAUGGACGUGGACGUAGACGUGGACGUGGAGGUGGACGUGGACGUGGACGUGGACGUGGACGUGGACAUGAACGUGGACGUGGACGUGGACGUGGACGUGGACUUGGACGUGGACACGUGGACGUGGACACACAUGGUUGUGGACGUGGACGUGGAUGUGGACAUGGACGUAGACGUGGACGUGGACGUGGACAUGGACGUGGACGUUGACGUGGACGUGGACAUGGACGUGGACGUGGACGUGGACGUGGACAUGGACGUGGACGUGGACAUGGACGUGGACAUGGACGUGGACGUCGACAUGGACGUGGACGUGGACGUAGACGUGGACGUCGACAUGGACGUGGACGUGGACGUGGACAUGGACGUGGACGUGGACGUGGACAUGGACGUGAUCGUGGACGUGGACGUGGACGUGGACGUGAUCGUGGACGUGGACGUGGACAUGGACGUGGACGUGGACGUGGACAUGGACGUGGACGUGGACGUGGACAUGGACGUGGACGUGGACGUGGACUUGUACGUGGACGUGGACGUGGAUACACAUGGUUGUGGACGUGGACGUGGACGUGGACAUGGACGUAGACGUGGACGUGGACGUGGACGUGGACGUGGACCUGGACGUGGACGUGGACGUGGACAUGGACGUGGACGUGGACGUGGACGUAGACGUGGACGUGGACGUGGACGUGGACGUGGACGUGGACGUGGACGUGGACGUGGACGUGGACAUGGACGUGGACGUGGACGUGGACAUGGACGUGGACGUGGACGUGGACGUGGACGUGGACGUGGACGUGGACGUGGACGUGGACGUGGACGUGGACGUAGACAUGGACGUGGACCUGGACAUGGACAUGGACGUGGACUUAGACAUGGACGUGGACGUGGACGUGGACAUGGACGUGGACAUGGACGUGGACGUGGACGUGGACGUGGACGUGGACGAAGACAUGGACGUGGACGUGGACGUGGACGUGGACAUGGACAUGGACGUGGACGAAGACGUGGACAUGGACGUGGACGUGGACGUGGACGUGGACGUGGACGUGGACGUGGACAUGGACGUGGACGUGGACGUGGACGUCGACAUGGACGUGGACGUGGACGUGGACGUGGACGUAGACGUGGACGUGGACGUCGACAUGGACAUGGGCGUGGACGUGGACGUGGACGUGGACGUGGACGUGGACGUGGACGUGGAGGUGGACAUGGACAUGGACGUGGACGUGGACGUGGACAUGGACGUGGACGUGGACGUGGACGUGGACAUGGACGUGGACGUGGACGUGGGCGUGGACGUGGAGGACUUGGACGUGGACGUGGACGUGGACGUGGACAUGGACGUGGACGUGGACGUGGACGUCGACGUGGACGUGGACAUGGACGUGGACGUGGACGUGGAUACGUUGACGUGGACGUGGACGUGGACGAAGACAUCAUGGACGUGGACGUGGACGUGGACGUGGACGAAGACAUGGUUGUGGACGUGGACGUGGACGUGGACAUGGACGUAGACGUGGACGUGGACGUGGACGUGGACGUGGACGUGGACAUGGACGUGGACGUGGACGUGGACAUGGACGUGGACGUGGACGUGGACGUAGACGUGGACGUGGACGUGGACGUGGACGUGGACGUGGACGUGGACGUGGACAUGGACGUGGACGUGGACGUGGACAUGGACGUGGACGUGGACGUGGACGUGGACGUGGACGUGGACGUGGACGUGGACGUGGACGUGGACGUGGACGUAGACAUGGACGUGGACCUGGACAUGGACAUGGACGUGGACGUGGACGUGGACAUGGACGUGGACAUGGACGUGGACGUGGACGUGGACGUGGACGUGGACGUGGACGAAGACAUGGACGUGGACGUGGACGUGGACGUGGACAUGGACAUGGACGUGGACGAAGACGUGGACAUGGACGUGGACGUGGACGUGGACGUGGACGUGGACGUGGACGUGGACAUGGACGUGGACGUGGACGUGGACGUGGACGUGGACGUGGACGAAGACAUGGACGUGGACGUGGACGUGGACGUGGACAUGGACAUGGACGUGGACGAAGACGUGGACAUGGACGUGGACGUGGACGUGGACGUGGACGUGGACGUGGACGUGGACAUGGACGUGGACGUGGACGUGGACGUCGACAUGGACGUGGACGUGGACGUGGACGUGGACGUAGACGUGGACGUGGACGUCGACAUGGACAUGGGCGUGGACGUGGACGUGGACGUGGACGUGGACGUGGACGUGGACGUGGACGUGGAGGUGGACAUGGACAUGGACGUGGACGUGGACGUGGACAUGGACGUGGACGUGGACGUGGACGUGGACAUGGACGUGGACGUGGACGUGGGCAUGGACGUGGAGGACUUGGACGUGGACGUGGACGUGGACGUGGACGUGGACAUGGACGUGGACGUGGACGUGGACGUCGACGUGGACGUGGACAUGGACGUGGACGUGGACGUGGACGUGGACGUGGACGAAGACAUGGACGUGGACGUGGACGUGGACAUAGACGUGGACGUGGACGAAGACGUGGACAUGGACGUGGACGUGGACGUGGACGUGGACGUGGACGUGGACAUGGACGUGGACGUGGACGUCGACAUGGACGUGGACGUGGACGUGGACGUGGACGUGGACGUGGACAUGGACGUCGACAUGGACAUGGACGUGGACGUGGACGUGGAGGUGGACGUGGACAUGGACGUGGACGUGGACGUGGACGUGGAGGUGGACAUGGACAUGGACGUGGACGUGGACGUGGACGUGGACAUUUGCAUUUUAAGUUCUAAUACUGACCGACCUUGCCAAUGCACCAUUUUCUCUAUACAUGUGCGUUGA